GGAGCUUUGCACAUGGGCAACACCACUUGCCAGCACUGGUAGCUCACUUCUCACGUUCUGUGGUGACAUCUCCGCUCCUAUCUCAACUGGCUUCUCCUCGAGCUCAGCACCAUGCAAAAAAUCUAAGAUUUGAGCUGCGGGUCCCCAUCUUAGCGAGAACUUCGCAGCCAGAGACACAGAGUUGCAACGUGGGUGAUAGACUCUGAGGAUUCCAGCCGCUUUUGUCAGAACCACCGUCCGUGUGGCUUGACGCAUCACUUCCUCAGCAAAGAGUGCUUCCUGCGGUUGUGGUCGCCAGCAAAGCCACCUCCAAAGCCUUGUGCAGUCAAGCGCCAUGGCUGUUUCUCCUGUAAGACAAGCAUGCUCGUUGGCCGUCAUGCUCCGAAUCUCCGGGCCUGACCCCAAGAGCCGCAAGAUGCGCCAGCACGCCUUCUUCCAGAGCAAGAACGGCAUCACUACCUUGUCCGCCUCUGGCCUCUGCCUCCCCUCCCCCCCCCCUCCAAACCAGCUGCGGAACACCCCCCUAAAUGAGCUGCUGAUCAUCACGGAUGCGUCGCUUGUUGAGCCCUUUCUCCGCCAACCAAGCACUCAGCCUGCUCACAGUUCGAUGCCAGAGUUGCCAAGUCCUUUUGGGCCGAGCAGCAGAGGGGUCCUUGUAAGAGCCCCUGUCCAGAGAAGGGAAUAUGAUGGAGGGGCAAAGGAGGAGCUCCUGCCAGGAACAAAAAUUGUGGCGCUCUUUGACGAGGAGAGCGCGGUGCAAGGGUGGCAAGAAGGGGAGCUUGUUGCAGUGGUCGAUGUCCCCUCUGCAACCGAGGCGCUUCACUCCAUUCUGAGCUCCCACUCUAGCAUCGACAGCGGGGGCUGGCAACUCGGCUGGCAUCUCGUGUCAGUUGACAAAGCCCCCACCCACCAAAGGCCCCCGCCCCCACCAGUCCGCUCCGCCCCCACUUCGUCCCAUUUAGAAGCCGCAGAUCCUUUGACCGAAAACCUUGGUCAUGGCUUCUACUCAGAGGGUUCUAUUCAGGGGUCUGGCUCUGGUUGGGACAGCGUGACGUCACGAAAGGAAGUACGGGAUGCCGGGGUCGCGGUGCAGACUCGAGACUCGGCGCCGAAGCCUUGGAGCUUGCACCGGAGUACGGUGUCUGAGAAGGAGGGGAGCGGGCUAGUGGGGGCUCCGUCUCGAGUGCGGCUUGCGGUGCUUAGAGUAAACCUUGCGUCUGCUCGGAAGUGGGUUCCUGCCAAGCUGCAGUUGGAUGAUCCCUCAAAAGAGUCGACUUUGAGAAGAAGCUUGUUACCGGCAGCAUUUCCUACUGAACGGAUGAUUUCAAGCUCGGCACUAAACCUUAACGACAGCCGGGGGUCGAGAGACGCAGACGCAGUUUCCCGGGGUCCAAAAACCGAGGCCCUGUUCUCGAACUCCCCUCUCACAAACAGGGCUCAUCCCCAGCCGAAGCUCGUCUCAGCAGGGCCUCUCCGCCGAGGCGACUUCCUAGCCGCCGUAGGGUCUCCGUUCGGGGCCCUGUCGCCGGGCCACUUCGCCAACAGUGUCUCUGUGGGCGUGUUGUCGAACUGGUGGCACGCGGACGAAAACAGGGCCCCGAUUCUGCUGGCGGACAUGAGGUGCUUGCCAGGCAUGGAGGGAGGCCCUGUCGUGGACGGGAGCGGCGGCUUGGUGGGCCUGCUGUGGCGGCCACUCAGGCAGCGUAACAGCGGGGCUGAAGUGCAGUUGAUCAUCACGUCAGACGCCCUCGCUCCAGCUUUGCGUCCCUUCGGCAUCGACUUCGUCCCCCGUUCCUCUCCCCUCGCCCCCGUAGCUCCACUUGCCGCCUCCCAAGCAGCCGCCAGCAGGCCAUUUGAAGCCGUGUUCACACCAUCACCCCAGCCUACGACCAGCAGUGGUGUGAAUGGGCAACCCAAUAUGGGUUACAUCGAAACGCUCGGGAGUACCGCGCGGGACGCAGGACACUUUGGUAGCGAUCAAGUGGCGGAUCCGGUCAACCAUCAGGAAAUACUCCAAAUGCACCCCACUUCCGCAGCGCCUAGCAAUCGGUUCUCCACUGCGCCCUCUGAGAAGAGUCCAGGCAAGCGGCCUCUCAGAGAGCAGUUUCACACCCAGAAAGGCAUUCACACUCCCGAUCCAAUCACCGCCCACACUACCCCUUUUCCUGCCCAGUUGGACAUGCUGGAGCGCAUUCACACCCCGGAUGGUGUUCAAACUCCCGGAGGUAUUCACACCUCGGAAGGCGUCCCCGCGGCGGCUGAGUCAGCGGCUGAGUCCGUCGUGUUACUUUCGAUGGACGACGGCGCGUGGGCUUCCGGCGUCGUGCUCAGCGCCGAGGGGCUUAUUCUCACCAACGCGCACCUGAUCGAGCCCUGGAGGUUCGCGACCAAGCCCAAAGUGCACGGCUCCAAGCUGCAGCCACGAGUGCGCUUCGGCGCUUCGGUAGGAGGAGUGAGGGGGACAGGGGAGGAGAGUAAAGAGAUGGGAGAGCGGCUCACGGGAGGGGAAGAGGGGUUUCGGGAAAUGGGCGAAACGGAAAAAGCGCGGAGGCGGCGGAAUGAGGGGCCGGCAGAGAGUCCGGCGAACGAGCGGAGAGCGGGUCGGAACGGAACGGAACGGUCUGAGAAAGAUGUUGGAAGCGGAGCAGCUUCGGCAGCUGGUUCCUCGGCGGCCGGAAUCCGGGGAGGUAUUGGCGGAGCGGAAGGUGCGGGAUGGCCGUCCUUUUCCGGCGGAACCCGAGAAGCCUUAGGGGAAAUGCGGAGGGCGUUGCCGGAACUAGGUAGUGACUCAGGCGGCGUUGAAAAGCGUCCCACCCAACGCGGUGCGUACUGGGAUUGUAUACGUGGCAGUGACACCAGGUCAAGUGCCACGUGUCAGGAGCAGAGCGAGCCAGCUAGCCAACCGCUGUCCCGUUGGUCAGGAACGGAAGUAGAACGCUCAGGGAGCGCAGCUGAGAGUCGCGAUCAGUGUGAAUUCCCUCCAGGAAUAGAGUAUCCAGAGAGGAGCCUGCGAGAAGGCGAAAGCGCGCACAGUGCACGGCAAUCAGCACGCUCGCUUGACAUUCAAACUGUUGCGCAAAGGGGAUCCCCUCGGCUGCUAUCGCCCGUCUAUUCGCCAUCCCCCCCUCCAUUGUCAUUGCGAAAAACGGCGUCCAACCCGCCCCGCUACUACCGCCCCGUCAGGGUCCAUCUGAGCGACCGCGGAGGAGCUGCCACGGGGCAGAGCGCGCGCGUAGUAUUCGUCUCCCAGGGCCCCUUCGACGCAGCCGUUCUGCAGCUGCUGAACGCGCCGACGGGACUCCGGCCGAUCGUUCCGGCGGAACGGGCUUCCGCCCCCGGCGCGACGGCGCUGGUCGUGGGACACGGGCUGUUUGGGCCCAUGACUGAGUUGCGACCGUCCGUGUACUCCGGCGUCGUUUCGCGGCUCGUCAAAUCGGACGGCCACGUGGCGAUGCUGCAGACGACGGCAGCCGUCCACCCGGGUGGCAGCGGGGGCGCCGUGGUUGACGUCAGCGGCCGGCUGAUCGGUCUGGUGACGUCAGCGGCGCGGCACAGCGGGGGGAGCAUGCUGCCGCACCUCAACUUCAGCAUACCGGUGGAGGCGCUGAAGCCCGUGUUUGACUUCGCAAAUUCAGGGGGUCUGAACGUGGGCCUUCUGGAGCCCCUCAACACGGCCAAUAGUAAACUGUCUGCCAUCUGGGCGCUUGCACCCCCUCCGCCGCUGCCCCGACCGGCGUCGACGCUCCUCCCCGGGCACAUUCUGGAAAACCUACCGGGGCAAGAAGAUAUCGUUUAUGGUUCCGGAAAGGGCACGAAAUUUGCGCAGUUUCUGACGGAUCGUGGCCAGGAUUACUUGAAGAAGUCGACGCUUCUUCGAAGCAAAUUGUGAUGAUGGUUGGGGCAGUCGUCGUGUUUUGAGCUCAUACUGGCACCGGAGGGUUGUUGUGAAAAUCCACAAGCUAUCGCAACCAUGAAGAGACAGUGAAAGGUGAGCAUUGGUGUAGUUUAAUCGCAUGUCCAGGACGCACUGUAGGGUCGUAGAUAGCAUGCCAGGUUGACUAAUGAGUAUUUUGACCACAACCAUGUGCCAAAAGCAGGAUGAUCGGAGAUCAGUUUGUGCCUUGCAGGAAUCAAUCAACUUUGCGACGCUCGUUGAGAGAGGCAGCCGCACGAAUAUGUAUAUAUGAAGAC